AUGGAUAUAAAAACUUCAUUUGCAACAAAAAAAAAAACAACUCGACCGGAUCUCCUCGGCUACGUUCACGAUGUACUCAUGUUAAAGGGUGAAGAGAAGGCCUUUGCGAACCUUUUCGAUAAAGCUAAAAUAAAAAGAGAACUUUUAUCAAAAUUCAGCAAACUCGACCCGAUAUUCAAUGCUCGAACGGAUGGGUAUAAAUUUAAAAAACGGAUUGGUGUUCACCGAAUUACACUUCAUGGAGAGGCAAACAGUGCGUCACUUACAGGCAUAACAGAGGAGAAAUUGAGGUUGCAAGAGGUCUUAGCUGAAUAUGAUUUUGAAUAUAUUUAG